AUGCUGCCGGAGUAUCUCUGGCACAAAGUUUUCCGCUACCUGCUGCUGCCGCCCGGAUCCUCCCACCCCGAGACUCCCCUUGUCCGGGGCAGACAAAUUACUCCCUGGUAUCUCGCCGCCACAGAGCAGCCCACAGCGCGCAAAGACCUGCCCGUGAGAUUUGCGGACCCUUAUUUCACGCCAGCCGGGCAGCACUGGAAGAACACGAGGAGCUAUGGCAGUGGGUGGGCGCUGCUGUGCUGCGCCAUGGCCAGCAAGAGGCUCCUCUACCACGUGCUCUCCUUCUCUGCUGACCACCCCAUCGCACUGGUAUUCAACGAGCUACACCCGCAGUGGAUCAAGAGCGUCGAAUCCUUCCUUCGCCAACACCGCCUCAGGUCCCUCGCGCUCACCUUCACGGGCAAGGAGCAGCUCAGAUACCAGCACCCUCACGCUCUCCCUCACACUCUCUUCUUCGCUCACAACCUUCACGGCGAUGGAAAACAGCUCGAGCUCUCGUGCAAGAGCACGGAACCUCUCGCUCUCCAACACCUCUCGCUGUACGGCCAGCAGCGGCUUGUCAUCUCCUCCCUCCGCCUCGCUUCCGUGCGAGUUGCCUACCUCAACAGCCCUCCCAAAGACGUGCACCUACGCAAUGACAAGUUCUCUUCCUACCUUGACUUUCCUGAAUUGUCCCUUCAAUUUUUACCUGAACUUUCGCCUGACAGGGAGAGCGUGCACAGCUCUGCUGCAUUCUCCUGGGCUGAAUGGCUGCGCACUAUAGCGCCAACAGUGGAGGUGCUUAUAGUGAGGCAUGGGGUGCCUGUAGAGGGGGUUGAUGCGGAGUGGAGCAGCUUGCGCAGCCUUGGAAUUGUCGUGGAGAGAGAGGAGCUGUUUGAGGUGGAUUUGAAGGUUGAGAAGCGACGGGAUGAUGCCGCGGGGAAGAAGGGGUAUGUAAUUGCAAUGAGGCGGCGGAUCACGCCUGAGAAGCUCGCGAACUUCCCCGACUGUGACGUGCAGGUGCUGGUGGCGUGUGCGGAGGGGGUAAUCCUGGAUGGCAUGGGGCAGGGCAGCAGUGGUGGUGGGAGUGGUGGUAGCAGCGGUGGUAGCAGUGGUGGUAGCAGCGGUGGUAGCAGGGCGUUUUCGCUGCUUUCCCCCCCCUUUCACAAGGUCCCUCGCCCUCACCUUCACGGACAAGGAGCAGCUCGAAAACCUUUGCUCGCCACUCAACCAGCCCUUCACCUCCCUCACCACUCCUUAAACUGCCCAGGCCUGCAGCGGCUGAAGCUCGGCCGGGGCAAGUGGAGUCUCCAGGAAGGCUGGGCUGAGCGGUUCAAGUCGCUGCGCAGUUUGACUCUCAAACAUAUGGACUGGAGCUACGUGGAUAUGAAGUAUUUAGGCGCGGUCACACCGCGGCUCACGGAAUUCGUUCUCUAUCAUAGCUGGGAUUUGGACCCCCGAACCUCAGGCCUGGGUGGUGGCGGCACAUUCACUUUCGACUUAUCGAAAGCUCAAACCGUCCGCUUUUAUUUCCCGCAUAGCAGCCUCACGCUCUCCCUCACACUCUCUCGCUCGCUCACGAUUUUCUCAGCCAUGGCGAAACAGCUCGUUCUCUCCUGCAAUAGCAAGGAACCUCUCGCUCUCCACCACCUCUCGCUGUACGGCCAGCAGCGGCUUGUCAUUUCCUCCUUCCGCCUCGCUUCCGUGCGAGUUGCCUACCUCAACGGCCCUCCCAAAGACCACCACUCUCGCAAUGAUGAAUAUUCUUCCUACCUGGACUCUCCUGCGUUGUCACCUGAACGUUCACCUGAAAUUUCUACUGACAGGCAGAAUGUGCAUCGACGUAGCUCUGCUGCAUUUUCCUGGGCUGAAUGGCUGGCUUCUAUAGCGCCAACAGUGGAGGUGCUUAUAGUGAGGCAUGGGGUGCCUGUAGAGGGGGUUGACGCGGAGUGGAGCAGCCUGCGCAGCCUUGGGAUUGUCGUGGAGAGGGAGGAGCGGUUUGAGGUGGAUUUGAAGGUUGAGAAGCGACGGGAUGAUGGUGAGAGGGAGGUUACAGUGGAGGAAUUUCAGGAGUGCAACCAGAGGUUUCUGCAGCAGCAGCGGCAGCAGCAGCAGCAGCAGCAGCAGCAGCAGCGGCGGCGGCGGCAGGAGGAGGAUGAAGAGCAGCAGGAGGGGCAGCAGCAAGAACGAAGACCUCCGUUUAUCUUGGCUCCAAACUUGCAAGCGAUCUUCUUCCCCACCCACGCAUGCGAGCAGCAUACCCUUGCUUCCCUUCGCAAAUUCUGUCCCUCUCUCGCCCUGUACUGCAUCUCACGUCGCUCGUUCUACUGGGAGAAGCAGCGGAGGCAGUUGCCAGAGACCCCUGUGGUGCAUGUGAGGAAGGCGAGAAGCGGGGUGCCAUGCGCCUGA